CACGGACUCAGGUAUGCGAACCAGCAGCGUUAGUUUUGUUUAUUUAAAGAGUGUGGGAUGAAUAUAAGGGAUAGAGCGGAAACCUCAUGGUGUCCGGUAUUUAAGCAGAAAACAUUAGAAGAGCUGUGGUACUGUCAACGGUGCUCAAAGCGUGAAACGCAAAAUGUGUGAAAGGUGAGAGUGAUGCAACAUGGGGAGGAAUGGGCCAGAUUGUGACUCCAGGAAGCAAAAGUCUCUGUUAUCAUGUGGCAAAACAGCCGCCAUCAACUCCUCUGCGUGGAGCUGAGUGUGUGUGAAAGGAGACCCCGCCAAACCCAUGGCUCACUCGUCAGACCCGUCCCGCAGGGAGAAGACCCCAGGAAACCAAGGGUCACACACGGCUACACGCAACCUCUUACGGAAGAAGGAGCAGCGCCAGCGUGGAAUCCGAUCCUCGUCACCCAUGGGUCGGGUCAUCCUCAUCAACUCUCCUGUGGAUGGUGGCGAUGAUAGUGAAGACCUCCAUACAAUCACAGUGGAUAAGAGCAUGGACGGCAAGCUCGGAUUCAGUGUGCGUGGAGGCUCAGAACAUGGCCUCAGCAUCUUUGUCAGUAAGGUGGAGGACAACAGUGCAGCAGAGGCAGCGGGCCUGCUCGUAGGUGAUAAACUGGUGGAGGUGAAUGGCAUCAGCCUGGAGAGCAUCACCAUGAGCAGCGCUGUGAAGGUGCUGACUGGUAACAACAGGCUGAGGAUGGUGGUGAGACGUGUUGGCAAAGUCCCCGGUAUCCGCUACUCCAAGGAGAAAACUACCUGGGUGGACCUGAUUCACAGGCGUAUGGUGGUGGAGGAGAGCGGGCAGACGCCUUCUGAGGCCAGCUCAGGCAGCGCCCUGCAAAGGAUUGUCCACCUCUACACCACCUCCGAUGACUACUGCCUGGGUUUCAACAUCCGCGGGGGGAAAGAGUUUGGUCUGGGCAUCUAUGUCUCCAAGCUGGAUCCGGGUGGCCUGGCUGAGCAAAAUGGAAUUAAGAUGGGGGACCAGAUCCUGGCUGCCAAUGGAGUGAGCUUUGAGGACAUCAGCCACAGCAGUGCUGUCGAGGUGCUGAAGAGUCACACACACGUCAUGCUGACCAUCAAGGAAGCGGGACGGUACCCUGCUUAUAAGGAGAUGGUAGCAGAAUACAGAUGGCUUAAUAAAUUGGCCAAUGGUACUCAGAAAUCUUCCUCCCAGGGUUCAGAAUCCUCUUCAGCCUCCUCUCUGUCAUCUGGGACUCCGGUGAGCUCUCUGAGCGGCCUGUCGCAGGUCAUGUUCCCACCCAGCCUGCCUUUCGGUUCUGAUAUGGUGGAUGUAUGCAUCUCUACUGAGGACCAGAGGUCUGAGUCAGAGCAGACGGAGACUGCCAUUCAAACGGAUCUACCUUCUCUGAGAUCCGGUACGGACACCACGCGCAGCCUGGGACUGACCACUCUGCUCAAAGACACGGUGAUUCGUGGAGACGAGGGCAAAGCAAAGAGAGAGUCACCCAAAACUGCCGUGCUGCUGGCUCUCAGCAGGCCGAGCCGACCCAUCACCAGGUCGCAGAGCCAAGUCACUGUGGCAGAGAUCAAGCAGAAAAAAGAGAAGAAGCAGAAAGGGAAGGACCCAGAAGAGAAGAGCACCUUGCAGCGCUCGAAGACCUUCGUUAACUUGCUGUUUAAGGGGGUGCGGAAGAGAGACACUUCCAGAGGGCGCUCAAAGUCCCCAUCAAAGGACAAAGCCUGGAAAGUGUUUUCAGAUGGAGGACAGCCUGGUGAGAUGCCAAAUUCAGACAUGCUCGGAGUGGUGGAGGGCAUGGCCCGCAGACUGCUGACUGAGGAGGAGGUGGCUGCUGUGAUGAAGACGUGCCGAAGGUAUGUCGCAGAGCGUUCGGUGGAACAUCUGAUACGCCACCUGCUGGUUGUGCUGGACCGCCCUGAAAAGCUGCUGCUGCUCAGAGAAGUCAGAAUGCUGCUUCUUCCUUCUGAUCUGAGUGUCUUCAAUAACAUGGUGACUGCUGUUGAAGCCGAAGCCUAUGAUAUUCUCAAGUAUCGCUCAGUCCGCACUCCUCCUCUUCGCUCUCCCAUUUCUGGUCGAGCACCCAGACGGCGCCUCAUCACUCCCAUCCCAGAUUACCGGGGAGGCUUUGAGCUCCACAGUGCUGAGGAGGUGGAGAAGGAGAGCCACCUGCUGGAGGAGCUGGAGAAGCUCAGCCUGACUGGGCCCCGGGCAUCCAGAGAGAGGCCCCAGACCUCCAGGUCCUUCACGCCUCUGCUGGACAUACCUGUGGAUGGAUGUAACACAGAGUCCCAAGACCUCAAACAUCCCCCAGCUGCCAGCCCGAUGCUCCCCAACUGGCUGCUGGCCCGCAGCAGUGACUCCAGGCCUCCUCUCCGGACGGACAUCGGCACGAUUCGCUCCGUCCACUUUGAUGAGGUCUCGCUGCACUCUGCUUCCGACAAGGGAGAUCUGAACUCGGAAAGGGGACGGCCGUCUUUUAGAAACGGUCACUCUAAAGGCAAACGGGAGAAAAGUGGAGGCAGGAGUAAAGAAGCCCUGUUCACACUGCAGAGUGCUGCUCGUUGGAAUCGCCCUCUGUUGUCGCAGGUGUUUGGGUCAAAUCUGCGAGUGGGGCCUGAACAGGUGAACGGCCAUCAGGCUUCCUCUGAGGACAGGCUCAAUGGCACCAACUCCGAGCAGGAGUAUGAGCUCCGGACUGUCAGCAUUUCCAAGACCAAACAGUCACUGGGUAUCAGUAUAUCUGGUGGGAUGGAGUCGAAGGUUCAGCCAGUGGUGAAGAUCGAGAAGAUCUUUCCUGGAGGAGCUGCCUCCACCUGCGACGUGCUCAAGGCUGGAUUUGAGUUGUUGUCCGUGGAUGGCAUCUCCCUGCAAGGGGUCACCCAUCAGCAUGCGGUUGACAUAAUCCGAAAAGCCUUCAGCAAUAAGGCCAAAGACCCCAUGGAGUUUAUUGUCAAAGUCCCAAAAAAUCUCUGAAAGGACUCCGAGAUGCUUUUUGUGAAUUUAGAUUAGCAGCCUCUGGGAUUUAACUUGGAGGCAGGUAAACUUGCAGCAGCACACACACCGCUGAGGUCUGGUACACGAUUUUUGCCAUUCAGGUUAAAGUUGGGAGCGAUGACGCGGACACUUCCUGAUCAGAAACACUAACUGCACGUCGCAGGACUUAAUAAGCAGAUACGUUAAUAUUUAAGAGAAAACGACCGAACCAGCGUCACAAAAAAGUCCCAUUUGUGUACAAAUGAAAUCUCUCGCUGCCUUUUUUGUCACUUUUUCACAACCAGGAUCCAGUGCCUGUCCAGAACAUUCUUUACAUGUUGUACCAACAUCCAUUAGUGCAUGAAACUCUCAAAGAUGGAUCAGCAGGUUUAUGCUCCUGAAUUUUAAACUGAAGACAAACUGCAGCCUGAGUGCCUUUAAAAGCCCCAGUGGAAUGAAUAUUAAUAGCAGUCCACGCUGAGGUGGCUCCAAUUAAAAUUUCCACCUGAAGGGGGCAGACACGAGCCAGUCAAACAUAUUUCUGUGGGCAGCAGAUAGUGAGGAGCAUUUCUGGAAAGUUACACCAAACCAGAAAAUAUCACUUUAAUGUAAACCCGAAGAAAAGUGAACAAUUAAAAAACAAAAACAAAUCCAGGCUGGAUAAAAUGGUUUCACGUCCUGACUGAAUACCAGAGUUUACAACAGGAACAUCUGGAUAUUAAAGAAAGACUUGAUGUAAU